AGAAUUACCUUGGUUCAAAGGACUUGGUGGAAAAGAUAACAGAUGCCUGUGUGUGUGUGUUCUUGGCAUCAUUCCAGUGACCUAUGAGAGAGGAACAGGCCUAACCCAUAUAAAGGGGCAAGUUAGUUACACAAAGUACUUGGGUUGUAAAGUUGGCUGCAUUUGCCAAUGAGUACCUGCAAGAGGAGGAGAGUCAGCGAAAGAAGGUCAGAAGAUUGAAGGAAAGAAAUUUACUUUCAGAAAAUUCUGCAAACUUAUUGGAAGCAAGAGAGUUUCUCUGAUGUAUUAGAAGAAUAAUCCAGGUCCACUGAAAUAUACAAAACAAACAGUCGCCCCCUUUUAUGAAAUAUGGGGGCACUGUGUACCCAUCUACCCCAGAGGCAUCUGUGCCUUUAGAAAUGAGCAAAGUAUGUGCCAUGACAAGCCGUCUGUAAUAAGCCAUUCACCGGCCACUGGACAUUACAGGAAUCCUACGGUCUCACAGAAAUGAACACACCUGAGCAUGCUCGAUGCCUGUGAGCUCCCCCAUCACCUCACGACGUUGGGAAGCCUCAGAGAAGGCAGGUGCUGGAGCAGUGGCCUCUGAGGGCAAGCUUCUUCCCUGUGGCCUUGACCUUCCUGUUCCCAGUGCACGAUGGAGACGCUCUCCCAAGAUUCCUUGCUGGAAUGUCAGAUCUGUUUCAAUUAUUACAGUCCCCGGCGAAGGCCCAAGUUGCUGGAUUGCAAACACACCUGCUGCUCGGUGUGCCUCCAGCAGAUGAGGACGAGCCAGAAGGACGUGAGGUGCCCGUGGUGCCGAGGCAUCACCAAGCUGCCUCCGGGCUUCUCCGUGUCACAGCUCCCCGACGACCCCGAGGUCCUCGCUGUUAUCGCCAUCCCGCACGCCUCCGAGCACACCCCGGUCUUCAUCAAACUUCCCAGCAACGGGUGCUACAUGCUGCCCCUUCCCAUCUCCAAGGAGCGCGCGCUGCUGCCCGGAAACAUGGGCUGCCGCCUGCUGCCCGGGAGCCAGCAGAAGCCAGUCACUGUGGUGACCAUCCCUGCGGAGCAGCAGCCUCUGCAAGGCGGGGCUCCCCCAGAGGCAGCGGAGGAGGAGCCAGACCGGCGGGGCGUGGUGAAAAGCUCCACUUGGUCGGGGGUGUGCACUGUGAUCUUGGUGGCCUGCGUCCUGGUCUUCCUGCUGGGCAUCGUGCUCCACAACAUGUCUUGCAUUUCCAAGCGCUUCACUGUGAUAUCCUGUGGCUGAAGCGGGCUGCGGGGGCGUGACUGGUGGGUGCCAACUCGGGGUGGAGCAGGCGUUGAUGAUGGAACUCGGGUGAGAAGAUGGGGGCGACGCUGAUCAUUUGGUGCCGAGCGCUGGCCUCCGGGCUGCCACUUGAUUAACCCAAGACAGACACGGAGGGGCAGAAUGUGAGGUCUCAACAAAGAUGCCAGACGGGUCGCUCUGAGCAUUGAUGGCGCAGCUUCGAAGACGAUUGCAUGCAUCCUCGUAGUCAUUUAUAAAAUGGACUGUAACUUAUGAUUUUUCAAAGUCACGUGAUGAGAUAGACAUAUUCUAUUUAGAUAUUGACCUGUGCAAGUGCAUACGAUGUGAUCUUCUCUACAUGUGGUAGAUUAAAACCAAGAUGCUAUGUGUACAAGUAGAAUCCAACCUGAGAAUGAAUCCAUGACCAAUUCAGUGACGACACGCAGUGCUGUUUUCUUUCCUUUUACAAGCGAAACCCAGUCUUCACUUAGUUGCUAAGGCUUUUUAUACUUUUUGAAUGGCGCCCGAAUUAAACUAAGUUAAGCGGACCGUCGUUUUUUGAAGAAACUAUUUGAACAAGUGUUUCCAAUGUAUUGUGUUUUGUUUGUCGUGUUCCUUCAUUUUUCUUCCCUUGUAAUUAGAGCUCGAUAUGUGUUUAUUAAAUGGAAAGCUCAACAGGGGAGCAAUAAACUGA